AUGUUUCCACCCAACAGUACGGCCGAGUCCCCGUUGCUGACCAGCCUGUGGCAGGGCACAGGCUCGCCGGGUGGCCACACCUCGGGCUUGGCGCGCAGGUCGCCCGGCCAAGGGGAGGGCGAGAUGGAGGCGCUCUACAUCCUCAUGGUGCUGGGCUUCUUCGGCUUCUUCACGCUGGGCAUCAUGCUCAGCUACAUCCGCUCCAAGAAGCUGGAGCACUCGCACGACCCCUUCAACGUCUACAUCCAGUCUGACGCCUGGCAGGAGAAGGACAAGGCCUUCGUGCGGGCCCGCGUGCUGGAGAGCUGCAGGGCCAGUCUCGUCAUCCAGAACCCGUCGGCCGUCGAGCAGCCGCACACGCACCUGCCCGAGACCAAGGCCCUGUCCUGAGCCCC